AUGACUUCGCAAGCCACCCCUUGUCUCAUUUCGGUACUAUCGAAUAGCUUAAUUUUUAACCUUAUUAUACCUCGUGUUCCUAUCCAGUCGUUACUUGCACUUUUAUCAACCUCCCAUUCACUCCGUUCGCUUUUAAAAUCCUCUCCCGAUACUUUCCGAUACCUCGAUUUCACGGACUUACCGAUUGCAAAUGUAGACCGAACACCUCUUGAUACCGGUGGCAUAUCUUGGCGCGCCGAGCGCAUGGAUGAAGCCCUUACCGAAGAGGAAUUCUUUUCUGGACCACUUCGUGGAAUAUUUUACAGCCUCACACAACAAAAGAUCCUCCAGAAUGUGAGCACGCUUAUCCUCGACGGGAUGGCUGUGACAACGGAUAUACUAGAGGAAAUAACGUUGGAUACUUCCGGAGGAUUUAAUGUUCGCAUAUUAAGUGUUCGUGGCUGUUUUAGAUUUAACUAUCCACAAGUUGAAACGAAAAAGAUACUUCAACUUAUAAGAUUGGCGGUUACACGGCCAAAACCUCCACGGCUUAAAGCACUUUAUAUUCUCGGGUGUACUACUCCUAUAACCUACCUCAAAAAUCCAAAUUGGAGAGCUGAGGCUUUGCGACUGUUUCCAGGGCCGGUUGCAUAUUUACCAGAGGACCCUUGGUAUCUUCCUUUAGGUUGUGCUCCUCGCCAAAUUAUUGAUUCUCUUGAGGAUAUUCUUGGGAUAGAUGCGGACAAUAUUAUAAAAGCUGCAGAGGGGGUGAUGAAGUUUGAUUUCAUGUUAUGUCGUGGACCGAACCAUGAUCCAAACUUCACAGAAGACCCAAUCGUAUCACAACUCGCCACCCUCCCUCUAGGAUUCGGAUGUAUGAGUUGCGGAUCCUCCCCAGAGGGUCCAGGGAUAUACGGCAAGACGCCAUCGGGAUGGUUACCGCUACUAGCGCCCCCGCCUAUAACAACCAGUUCAGUAGAAGCUGCUUGGCGGCCACUGAAAAGGCCGGACGGAACAUAUCCGGAGCUAUAUGCAAGAUGUUACUACUGUAUUCAACACCGACGGUGUAUUAGAUGCAGAGAUUGGAUUUGCGAAAACUGCGCAGAUGACACCGAGAUAGUCAAGUUCAUUGCGACAUUUGUAGAUGUCGAAGCUGGAACCGUGCCUGCGGAGUAUCUUCAGGGAGUGAUGUAUAACUGGGAAGGCCGGCCGGUGGGGAGGCAUGGAGAACAUGAUCUGCUGUGCCUUAGAAAUUGUAUGAAAGAGGUGUUUGGUUAUCGUAGGGAAUCCGAAUUCGGCGGGUUCCCAACCACUCUAUUGCGUGCCCAGCAUAUCCCAGAGGUUUUGUGA